UCAGGAGGUAUAGGGAAGAAGAUGAAGGCCAUCUCACUGACCAUGAUGAAGAGGAUGGGCAGGAAUUAUGCCAAAGCCCUGUCAGAGGAAAUGGUGAAGAGAGAUGAAGAAGGAAGAGGGGAUAUUGUUAAUGGGGUCCAUUCAUUUCCAAAAGGACACAGAGUGUCCAGUCACUCCCUUGAAAGACUCUACGGUCUCAACAGUGGACACAGCAAUUCCAGUAAGCUCAUUGGCGGGUCAGAUGGCUUCAGUAACAGAGACAGUCUGAGGCUGGAUGAGGUGCUGCCCUACACAGGCCAGUUCUGUGGCAGAGCCCGGGUCCACACAGACUUUGUCCCCAGUCCGUACGACACGGAAUCACUUAAACUUAAGGUGGGGGAUGUGAUUGAGAUAAUCAGCAAGCCUCCUAUGGGUAUAUGGACAGGCAUGCUGAACAACAAGGUGGGAAACUUUAAGUUCAUCUUCGUGAACCUCAUAGUAGAGAAGGUUCUUGAACUGCCUCAGAAGAUGAGGACACACAGGAGGAGCAGGAGACCCCGUCCCAAAACGCUACAGGAGCUCCUAGAGAGCCUCAAUCUGGAGGAGUAUGCCUCUUCACUGCUCCUGAACGGCUAUCAAACAGUAGAUGACCUGAAAGAGCUGAAGGAGAAGUAUCUGAUGGAACUCAAUGUGACUGAUCCUGAACACAGACAUCUUCUCAUGGCAGCCAUCGAGUGCCUCCAAGAACCCCAAAGUGAUGGUCAGGAGGGAGAGUUAAACCAGGAUGCCAAGUCGCCGACUGAGAGUGUUAAAGCGGACCUGACCGACUGCCCCAGAGACGCUGGCUGUUACAUCCCUUCGGACUGCUCAGACAACAGCAAGGAGACAGACAUCCACCUGCCAGCACUGCACCAUCAUCCUCCCAUGGCUCAGACCUAACCUAAAAAUGAUCGAUGUGGAUCAAUGCAAUUCACCCAGAUCGUGAUCUAAUGUGAAAGCCCUUUUCUGCAUUACAAGAGCACUCCUCUUUGCUUUCAUACUGCAUGUAGUAUCUGUAGCCUAUGUGGCUGGCACUGUAAUUGUUAUGCAUGAAGCUACUGUACACAAUUUCCUAUUCUAGUGAGUUGGAUUGGCUGCUGGUUUGUAAAUGUUAAUGAUGAUGUAUCCCAAGCCUUUCAAAUCACUGACAUUGGACCUGUGAAAUCAUAACAGUGGGCUAGGCUUUGUUUUUAGCACAAUGUGCAAUGUCAACUUUACUGUGUGUGGGUGUACAGUACAAGAGGUGCCUGUGGAAAUGGGAGAGAUUAAAUACAGGCAGGUCACCCAUGAUACAAGUCAGUAUUCAAUGUCCAUACAUGUCUGAGGAGAUCGGGAGAGGACGUAGAAACUGGCUCUAGGGGCAACAGUAAGUGCUGUUAUCUUUAAGUAGGUAUUGUGGACAGGUAUGGCAGAUGUGCGUAAACAUCUGCCUGUGGCUCCAGAAGGCUGCAUGUUUGAAUCCAGCAAUAGAAAGUUGUUUUUGAUAUUUUUCUUUAAGCCUAUCCCUAACCUUAACCCUUACCAUAACCAUUUGGUGUUAAUGCCU